UCUCAAAUCAAAUCUGAAUCCCCUCCUCAACUCUCAGUGACAUUUAAUAUUCGACCCGCACAUUAAAACCACUAUCCUCUUCCAACUCAAAACCAAAAGAAAACUUUUUUUAUUUUCGGGACAAAACCAAAAGAAAUUUGAAGAACCAGAACUGCAUAAUGAAGACACUAGCUAUCAAAUGGCAUGAACAAGUACAUGGGUGUGCCUCAUUCCCAUCCUGUCAUAUGCCAAUCUUCAACCCCAGGAAGAAAAUUGAAGUGAUAAAGGUAACUAAAGCAACCAGCUUAAGUUCAGAGUCAACUGCAAAGAAAGCAAAUUUGUGUGCUGCAAAGAAGGAAAGAAUUAAGCUGCCAAAUCAUGAUGAUAGCUCUGGUGGCAAGACUUUUCACAUUAGUGAGUUUCUCAGCCACCAAUCAGGAAUUGAAGCCAUGCUUAACACCAGAGCCUUAAAAAGCUUUGAAUCCCUUGAUACUGAUACUUACAGAUGCACCCUGCCAAAGCUUCAGCUUUUGAAUUUUGAAGCUGCUCCUGUGCUGGACUUGAGAGUGACCCCAACAAAUGAAGAUUGUAUAGUUGAGAUGCUUUCUUGCAGGUUUGAGGGUUCAGAAGCCGUGGAACGCCAAAACAGCCAUUUUUCAGCAUUCAUGAGAAAUCACAUGUCGUGGGAUACAAAUGGCUCUGAAUCUUUUUUGGAGGUUGAUGUGAAGCUAAAACUCACUCUUGAGAUUUAUACACGCCCUUUCACCAUGAUGCCAGUAUCAGCUGUUGAGCGUCCUGGAAAUUUAAUGAUGCAAGCCUUAGUGGAUAGGCUGGUGCCAUUGCUUCUGCAGCAACUACUACAAGAUUACAGCAAAUGGGUUGUUGAUAAGCAAGCAGUUGGAUGAUCUUCCAUCCAUUUCUGCAAACAGAGAUAGAUGAGUAAAACAAAAGAAGACAGAACGGGGAGUCGUAGUUUCCAGCCUACGACGAAAAGUAAUCCCUUCUGCAUCAAUCUGAACAUUCAACUCUACUUUCCGGCGACAUUAUUUCAAGUUGCGGGCAUUCUUUUGGGGAGGAAAUUGUUAACUUGCAGCUUAAAUUUAGGUCUAAAACUAAAGCCUCCCUACAAUAUCCUUGAUCCUUAUGAUGAUGUCCUAGAAUUUUGCGUAUAAACAUAAAAUGUGUUAAAAUUCCCGAUUAUACAUAAAAUGUGUUAAAAUACCCGACCAAAA